AAACGAGUUUGCGCCGCGGCUACCGAGAAAGAAGCAGCUUCAGGAGGGCUGCCCGUAGUCGCGUGCUAGAUCUUGGCCGCGCAACUGAGCCUCGCGAUCUCUCGGCUCCGCCCGGCGGCGCGGAACCGGUUGGGUGCCAGGGGCUGCCCACGAUAGCGCGACGCCAGACAAGGGCUGCCCGGCAGUAGACCCGUGAAAAUGCUCGCCUUCUUCGGCUUCGGCAGCAGCACUAGCGACGACACCGAGGCCCCGGCGCCCGCUCCGUCAAUGCUCGACGCUCUGCUCGGCACGCCCACGAAGCCAGCAGACGAGAUCGACACGCUCGCGGCAUUGCACACGAAAUUCCGGGACGACCUCGCUAGUGCGCCCCUAGAUGAUUUGAGAAAGGCGGCGAACGAGGCCGCUUCUUUAUCUGCAAACGAUAGGGCGGCCGGAGGGUGGCGGCUCGACGCGGCGGCGCGCUUGCGGGCCGAGCCCGAGGUCGAAAACCGCAUCAGGGACGAGUCCGAGACCUACGGCGGCUUCUCGCCAUUCUCGCCGCCGCGCGAGGCCUGGCGCGCGUACGCCUCUCCACUGAAUGACUCGCCGGGCGCUCUCAGGCGAGAUUCUCCGACAUCGAAAGCACGUGUGACCCAAGUGGACGGCAAGCGCUGGGGCGAGCUGCGCGUCUUCCCCUCGGAUGACGCUCUGACGCCGUCGCGGUGGCGCGUGGCGAACGCCGACGCUGAUGGCUUCGACGAAGUGGGCGAUACACCACCAGUGCGCGAGGGCACACUGAAAAACUGCAUUGUGCAUUUCCUGGAUGGCUCGCACUUGACCGUGGGCGUAGCUAGACAUGACCGGUGCUCGGACGUUAUUGGCGCGGUCGCUUCCCGACUAGGUAUCGGCCCCCGCGCGUCUGGUGCAUUAGCUUUAUAUGCGGGCAGAGGCGACGCAUCUAGAGGUAGAUCUAGACUGGAGCGACGAGUGCCCCCACAUGCGGCCAUGCUGCCGCUUUGUGAUACACAACGAGUCGCGUUGAUCUUGGCCGUUCGACUAUUUACGGCGCCGUUGCACGACGCCGCACUAAGAGCUCUACGCGGCUCACAGACCGCGUCGCGAGAAGACCAGGCCGUCGGGCGACUCGUCCUCGCGCAGACGACGGCCCAAGUGAUGAGAAGAGGCUACGCGCGCCUACCGCGACUCGUCGCGAGAUCACCAAGUAGAGCAUCAUCGUCGUCGUCCUUCGCCCUGUCACCUCUAUCUCAUUUGUCGGACAGCGAGAGCGAUAGUGAUGACGACGACGUUGAUGUGUGGGGGAGUGUUGCUGCAUCCGGCAAAUUGGCGGCGCCGACGCGGUUGCGACUAGGCGCUCUACGAUUGUGGUCGCGAGCGCGAGAUGUGACAUCGAGGAGUGGCGGCGACGAAGUCGAGGCCUGCCAUGCGUUAGUCAGAGAUCUUGGUUUGCAACCCUUCUGUCCCGUGCCGCUACCUUCUCCAUCAGAGCUGUUGGAAGAAGUAACACAGUUACUACGACGACGGGACCAGCUCGCGUCCUUCGCGCCCGACGAGUCCGACGACGCGACGGCCGACGUCGACCUGGAGAUCGAAGGGGCCGACAGCUUGUUGAGGCACGAUACGCCCGAGGCCUCGUACGUCGAGCUGCUCGCUCGAUCACCGUUCCACGGCGCGACGUUGUUUGGCGGUGUGGAUGAUGCGAGGUUGGCCAUUUCGCGGCGGGGCUGCGCCGUGCUCACGGGCGACGGCGCCGCGCGCGAGCUCGACGUCCCGCUCGACAGCGCGAGGCGGUGGCGCGUCAUCAACCACUCUCUACUUUUAGAGAGAGAAACACCGGUCCAGAAGUGGCCCUUACAGUGUUCGAGGAUCGCGAGAGAUCCCGCGGCGCCGCAACCAUCUUCAUGGUACUCGCCACCGCCAACACCAACACUCAAAUCCCCGAAGCCGCCGCCGAUAACAAAACACGUCUGCGGCGUCGAUGCGACGCAGGGCGCGCCCGGCGGCGCGGCCGAGGCCUGUGCCCUCCUCGACGACUAUGCUCUCUGUGACUUGGCCGAGAGUCCGCCAGCUUUUGGGUGGGAGUCGCCGGACGCCCAGGGCCGGACGGCCGCCGACCGGAAGAACGACCGGCGGCAGGCCGAGCUCCAAGGCGAAAGUAGGGAGGAGGCUCUGCGGCGAGAGAAAGCUAGUGCACCUUUGUUCGGUGGUUUUUAUGAUGCUUUAGUUGCCGCGGUCGUCCGGCCACCUCGCUUCGAAUAUGAUCCUCGCUUGCUAGGACCGUCGUCGUUCAGCUUCGGGGGCAGGAGGUACCACCGCCACGAUAUAAUAAUUGAAAACGAAAGAGGUCUAAGGUUGCACGGCUCGCACUGGCGGUCUUGUGACGAAGAGCGGUGCCCCUGUGUCGUUUUUGGCCACGCCAACUCCGCAAGUAGGGCGCAGGCCUGCCACUACCUUUCCUUGGUUUUGGGACUGGGGUGUUCGUUGUUCGCUUUUGACUGUGCUGCCUCAGCGUGAAGAAUGAGCUUCAACUUGAUGCCGCGUCGCGUUGACGACGUCGAUGCGGCCGCAUGAGAGUCUACGCGUCUCGCGGCCGUGUCGCGACGCCGUCGUUCGACGCAGGUGCCGGGAGCGGGCUGAGCGACGGGGCCUUCGUCACGCUAGGGUACCGGGAAGCGCGAGAUGUCCGAUGUGUGCUCGAGUGGCUCUCGAAGCGGAAAGAUGUCUCAGCUUUAGCUUUAUGGGGCCAGAGCAUGGGUGCUGCUCUGUGUGGAAAUCAACCAGUGCGUCGGGUGCGCUGGCUCCGUCGAGCGGUGAGGAACCGGCAUCGCCACGCCAUCGAGCAGGCGUGAACGCGCCGUGAAAUUUUGAUUUCCACACAGGUGCUGCUGCGGCGUUGUACUACCAAGGGUUUGCGGCACAAGAGUCGGGCGUCUGGCCUUCACUAAGCUGCGUCGUGCUCGACUCUCCUUACUCCGAUUUUACGGAGCUGGCCGCGCACGUGGCCUCCGAAAGGAAAGCAGUGUUCGGCGGCUUUUCGCUGCCGAAGUUCGUCCUCGAUUUACUACUAGCAUCAUUAGAUGCUUCGGUCGACGCUCGGGCGGGUCUCAGGCCGACGCAGCAUUUAUCCCCAGUGAAGCAUGCUCCACACUGCGACGCGCCGGCGCUGUUCGUGCGCGCGCGGCGCGACCCGCUGAUCGCGCAAGAGCACGUGGAAUCGUUGGCCAAGAAGUACAAGGGCCCGCGCACGUUAGCCUUGGUCGAGGGCUCGCACUCGUCGCCGCGCGACGUGGACGCGCGUCGGUUCGUGGCUCGCUUCCUGGCGAGGCACCUGCCGCUGCCGCCCAUCGCCAAAAGACCACCGUCCGCGACCGCGGAGCGCCACCUGCAGUGCGCGCCCUGGUCGCGCGUUCGCACGGAGUUCGCGACGCCAUCACCUAAGUCGCGGUCGCGGUCCAUGCCGCCGCAACCGUCUUCGCUCGACUCGUCGCCGGCGUCGCCGCGGUGAUCUUUUUGGUAAGUUAGUACAGUAGUUCUUACGCGGCCUGCCCCGACGCCUGUUCUGUCACGGUCUACUAGUGACUUGAAUUGAA